AUGAGCUCCUCCAGUGUCGUCUCCUCCAGCUCCUCCAGAGUCAGUGUCGUCUCCUCCAGCUCCUCCAGAGUCAGUUUCGUCUCCUCCAGCUCCUCCAGAUCAGUGGCGUCUCCUCCAGCUCCUCCAGAGUCAGUGUCGUCUCCUCCAGCUCCUCCAGAGUCAGUUUCGUCUGCUCCAGCUCCUCCAGAGUCAGUGGCGUCUGCUCCAGCUCCUCCAGAGUCAGUGGCGUCUGCUCCAGCUCCUCCAGAGUCAGUUUCGUCUGCUCCAGCUCCUCCAGAGUCAGUGGCGUCUCCUCCAGCUCCUCCAGAGUCAGUGGCGUCUCCUCCAGCUCCUCCAGAGUCAGUGUCGUCUGCUCCAGCUCCUCCAGAGUCAGUGGCGUCUGCUCCAGCUCCUCCAGAGUCAGUGUUGUCUGCUCCAGCUCCUCCAGAGUCAGUGGCGUCUGCUCCAGCUCCUCCAGAGUCAGUGUCGUCUGCUCCAGCUCCUCCAGAGUCAGUGUCGUCUGCUCCAGCUCCUCCAGAGUCAGUGUCGUCUGCUCCAGCUGCUCCAGAGUCAGUGUCGUCUCCUCCAGCUCCUCCAGAGUCAGUGUCGUCUCCUCCAGCUCCUCCAGAGUCAGUGGCGUCUGCUCCAGCUCCUCCAGAGUCAGUGUCGUCUCCUCCAGCUCCUCCAGAGUCAGUGGCGUCUGCUCCAGCUCCUCCAGAGUCAGUGUCGUCUGCUCCAGCUCCUCCAGAGUCAGUGUCGUCUACUCCAGCUCCUCCAGAGUCAGUGUCGUCUCCUCCAGCUCCUCCAGAGUCAGUGUCGUCUCCUCCAGCUCCUCCAGAGUCAGUGUCGUCUGCUCCAGCUCCUCCUCCAGAGUCAGUGUCGUCUGCUCCAGUUCCUCCAGAGUCAGUGUCGUCUGCUCCAGUUCCUCCAGAGUCAGUGUCGUCUGCUCCAGUUCCUCCAGAGUCAGUGUCGUCUGCUCCAGCUCCUCCAGAGUCAGUGUCGUCUCCUCCAGCUCCUCCAGAGUCAGUGUCGUCUGCUCCAGCUCCUCCAGAGUCAGUGUCGUCUGCUCCAGCUCCUCCAGAGUCAGUGUCGUCUGCUCCAGUUCCUCCAGAGUCAGUGUCGUCUGCUCCAGCUCCUCCAGAGUCAGUGUUGUCUCCUCCAGCUCCUCCAGAGUCAGUGUCGUCUGCUCCAGCUCCUCCAGAGUCAGCUCCUCCAGAGUCAGUGUCGUCUGCUCCAGCUCCUCCAGAGUCAGUGUCGUCUCCUCCAGCGUCAGUGUCGUCUGCUCCAGCUCCUCCAGAGUCAGUGGCGUCUGCUCCAGCUCAUUUUUUUCUCAUUUAA